AUGUCCCAAGACGCUCGCCAUCUCAUCGAAAUCCGACCAGCACCAGGCAAAGGCCUCGGCCUUUUCACCAAGGAAAGAAUCCCCCAAGGAAUCCGCGUACUUGCCGAAUCUCCCAUCAUCUCAAUUCUAAGCAACCGCAACCAAUGCAGUUCAGUAUUCCGUGCUUUCAAAAACCUCACGACCCUGCAGCAAACCGAGUUCCUAACACUCUGCUGCCGCACCCCCGAGUCCCUCAAACGUAAAGUCGAAACAGAGCUCAAGCGAGAUUGGCAGCAAAUUCCUGAGAUUCACCGUGAUAUAAUCUCUAUCUGGUCCGCGAACACGUACGUGUAUUACAUGUAUCUCCUUGCAAGCCGAAUCAACCACUCUUGCCUCCCAAACUUGUAUUACCGAUUCAAUGAGAACUUGGAUAUGGGCACUUUCCACGCUGUCCGGGAUAUCGAGAAAGACGAAGAGCUUACGAUCUCGUACAUUAAUGCUACAAAUCACAUGAAGCACCAACGUCAAGAUGACCUCGAGUCUUGGGGGAUAGAAUGCCAGUGUCUGGCGUGCGUGGAUACCGAUCGAAAUAGGCGCGGCGAGGAAAAUCGAGCGAAGUUGUAUGACUUAGAGCAAGUACUUACUUCCGCGCCGUCGUAUAAGGCUUGCUUGCAAGUGGCGGAGAAAAUGGCCGUGAUCCAGCGGGACGAGGGGUUGUGGACCAGAGAUCUUGGGAUCUGCUAUCACACGGCAGCGUACUACAGUCUUAAACUUGGAAACCGGAAAUCGGCUUUAAAAUGGGCAGAGGAAGAGAUGAAGUAUAAUAUUAUGUGCAUGGGGGCUGAUCAUCCGGAUUCUGAGGAAGUAAUUCUGAUAGUAGGUCGGUUAAGAGCAUGGGCCGAGGGUUCUACGCCAUUCCAUCCUUCCAUCAUGGCGUGGUGUGAUAAGUAUGGAUAUUGAAUGAUACUCCUUCGGGUAACUUGAAUGCUUUGCCUAUUAACACUGGACAUGCCAGGGUAAGGUUUGGACAGGAAUUUGCAUUCAC